CUCACAAAUAUAGAAUUAGCAAUGAAACGUAACACAGAGAAUAAUGAAGAGUUCGAACGUGAGAAUUUUAAUGGAGAAAGUAACUAUACUUGUUCUUUUACUUGUUUCACUCCACAUUCAGAAAAUCUACACAGCUGAAAUUGACUUGAUUUCAGAUUCAAGGUUCUUGACAGAACCAGACACGUUGGUCUCACCCGCCGGAAUUUUUGAACUUGGGUUUUUCAGGCCAGGAAGCUCUGAGAACAAAUACGUUGGUAUUUGGUACAAGAAAAUCUCGGAUCAAACAGUGGUUUGGGUCGCCAACAGAGACUUCCCACUCCCUGGUGCAUCAUCCGGCAUACUGAAGAUCAUCUCUCCAGGAAAUCAUGUCCUCAUUAACGACACUAAUGUUGUGGUAUGGUCAUCCAAUACAACGUAAUCAGUCAACGCGAUAGCACAGCUUGACGACACCGGAAAUCUAAUUGUUAAAGAAAGAAUCGAGGAGAAGAUUCUCUGGCAGAGUUUUGAUUAUGCAACUGAUACACUUCUACCUGGAAUGAAGUUAGGGAGAAGUUUCUUGACUGGUAAGGAAUGGCAGCUAUCUUCAUGGGAGAAUAGUCAAGAUCCAGCUCCUGGUGAAUUCACAUGGAGCACUGACACAAACGGCUUUCCUCAGGACCUACUAAAACUAGGUACAUCAAUCAAGUUCCGGAUUGGACCAUGGAAUGGAAUAUGGUUUAGUGGGGGUUCUGGAUCAACCGGAACAUCAUUAAUGCAGACAUGGUUAUUAAUGGAACGGAGGUGGUUUACAGUUAUCUUCUUCGCAAUAGUUCUGUAGUCUCAAGGCUCGUAUUGAGUUCAUCUGGCCAGCUAGAAUGUUGGGUCGGGAUGGCUGAUGGUAAAAAAUGGCAGCUUUUCUUUCAGUUACAAAGAGAUUUCUGUGAUGGAUACAACAUUUGUUACGCUUAUGGAACCUGCAGCGUUUCGACCUCCCAAAGAUGUGGUUGUUUAGAUGAGACAAGAUUUGUGCCCAGAAACCAAAAGGCAUGGGAGAUAUCAGAUUGGUCGGGUGGUUGUGUGAGGCGAACACCAUUGGACUGCAGAACAGAUGGGUUUAUCAAGUAUUCUCAUGUGAAAUUGCCCGACACAAGGACUUUAUGGUAUAACAUGAGGAUGAACAGGAAAGAAUGUGAAGAAAAAUGCAUCAAGAAUUGUAGUUGUAUGGCUUAUUCAGAUACAGACAUCAGAGGUGAAGGAAGUGGCUGCUUGCUUUGGUUCAAUGAUCUUAUGGACAUAAGAGUCUUCUCUCAGAGCAAUAACGGGCAGGAUAUUUUUGUAAGAAUGGCUUACUCAGAAUUGGUACACGAGAAGAAGGAGAGAGCAAACCUCAAGAUCAUCUUACCGGUAGUUUUUCUGGGGGUUCUUCUGAUAGGCGUGAGCUCUACAUGGUUCCAUUACGCAUGUAGAAAAAGCGAUGAUCAACAACUGUGGGAAGGUUCAGGAGAAUUCUUGGAUGUUGGUCGAAGCCAGAGAGAUGCAAUGGAGCUACCAUUGUUUAGCUUUUCUACAUUAGCUAGAGCUACUGCUAGGUUUUCCCCAGAAAAUAAAAUUGGAGAAGGUGGAUUUGGAUCAGUUUAUAAGUGUGUGUUAGAAAGACCGGAGAGUCUACAACAUCAAGCCAAGGACUUGAUGAGUUUAAGAAUGAAGUCAUUUGCAUUUCAAAACUUCAGCACCGAAAUCUUGUUAGACUCCUCGGAUGUAGCAUACAGGGAGAUGAAAAGUUGUUGAUCUAUGAGUACAUGCCAAACAGAAGCUUAGACUUGUGUUUAUUUGAUAAGAAACGAAGCAGCCAACUUGAUUGGACAACGUAUUUUAACAUUAUCAAAGGAAUUGCUCGAGGACUUCUUUAUCUGCAUCAAGAUUCACGAUUACGAAUCAUCCAUAGAGAUCUUAAAGCUAGCAAUGUUUUACUUGACAAAGACAUGAACCCUAAGAUAUCAGACUUUGGGAUGGCUAGAAGCUUUGGAGGAAACGAGUCUCAAGCAAACACACAGAGAGUUAUUGGCACAUAGUAAGCUUGAUAAUCCAACAGUAUAUAUAUUCAACUUCUCUUAAGUUCAUUUAUUUUAUUGGGUGCAGUGGUUACAU